CGGAUGCAUGUGUGCGGUGUUGACGUAAAGAUCUGUGGAGCUGUGCCGUUGAAAAUGCAAUAGAUUCACUUACAUCUACAUUUGUUUAUCUUUUUGGCGCGCUUUUCCUGCAAUGUCUUAGAGAAUGGCUGUCAGAACCGAGUCUGAUGUGCAGGCUUUGCUGGAGCAAGCCAACCUGAAGGAGGAGGAUCUGCUUCCAGAGACUCAGGUGCUCCACUUCUCACCAGACUACCUGCCAGAACAAGAUAAUGUGCUGCUCAUAGAGUUGGACAAGACCCUCCUUAAUUCUUUCAAGGAAGGCCAGAGUGCCGUGCUGCGUGGUGAUCCUGAGGAGAGUGCUGUGCUUUGCACCAAUGACAAGACCUAUGAGAUUCGUGGGGCUAUGACAUCAAACUCUUUGUUGUUAGUACCUGAGCUAUUUGUGCCUUCACAAGCAGUGGGGAAGCGGACACUAGUCCACAGACAGAUUUCCAGCAUACACCACUCCUACCUGGAGGUGGUGCCCUGCAAGCCACACUUUCACAAGCUGCAGCAGCUGUUGGAAGAAUGCCCCUAUGAAGGCCCUGAUGAGACCCAGUCAAGCAGCGGUCACAGGUACAGCCUGAAUGAACUACAGGAUCGAAUACAGUGCAGUGAGGAGGAGCUGGAAGCAGGGUUGAAAUCACUUGGGGCUUACCACAUAUAUGGCUUUUGGCAGAUCCCAAACUUUGACUAUCAGUUCAAAAUUGUAUCUCACAUCACAAACCUAAUUGGAGAGCGAGAGUGGUCUGUAGAUGCCAUUCCAUACGAAGAAGCUCUCAAUGAACUGAGCAAACUUGAGCCCCGCACAGUAAUGGCCCAGUGUCUUGACUACCACCUGCACCCCAUGCAUGCAGAGAGGGAGGAGGACGGUUAUUCGCUUCAUGCACUCAAUGGGGACAAGGUGUGUCGUCUUUAUGGGGAAGUGCUUCUCAGAACUGCCAGGGGUAUGAAACUUGAUGAGUUCAACACCAUGUGGAAAAACAGUGUGCCUAAAGGUCUCAUCACAAACCUAAACCAGCUGAAUGGUUUGGUGUUGCUGGAUAGGUCUUCCCCAGCCACAGUGAUCACAUACUUCCCUGCUAGUGAGCUGCCCCUGGAUAUCAAGAGUAGGCUUGAAACUCUCUUUGAUGUGCAAGAGAAGUGGACCUACGAUGAGAUUCGACCCUUUUUAGAUGACCUGGCAGACAGCAAGAACCCUGUGAGCACCCUAUUGAUGAAGCACGCUCGGGGCUUCACUGUGGAUGGCACCAAGUACUACUCAGAGAGAUAUUCCAAGUAAAGGCCCCAACACGCACCCUGAAGUACUGCAACAUCCAUGACCCUGAUUCCAGUCGCCAGGGCAUCCACGACUGGCUCACGAGGUCCCGCAGGGAGUCGAUGGGGAUGGUGACGCGGGGCACUGUGAGCAUAGCCGUCAGGAUGCCACUGUAGGACGACAUGAACACCAACGACGCUAGCAGCCACGUUACGACCAGUAGACGACAGCCAUCCGUUCGCGGCAGCCAUUCCGUUGCUUUGCCACACACACACACACACACAUUUCUUAUUAAUUAUAUUGAUUUCAUUUUCCGCCC